AUGGCCGCUGCUACUGCCGCUCCCAAAAAGCAUCUCAAAAGUCAAAGCGCCUUUGCUUUCGACAAUAAUGCCACUACAGUGGCUGCCAGCCACAUGCGCAAUGCUCUCAACCGUCUCGCUGAUACCGUUCCUGAUGAGGCCGAAAAGCGCAAGUUUGAAAAUGAAAUGGAUAACUUCUUUGCCCUCUUUCGUAGAUACCUCACCGACAAGGCAAAGGGAACUACCCUUGAAUGGGAACGCAUCAACCCCCCUAAUCCCAAACAGGUGGUGUCUUAUGCCGAUAUCCAAGGAAAUGAAGCAAACACUUCAAACCUCUCCAAACUCGCCGUCCUUAAGCUUAAUGGUGGUCUCGGUACUUCCAUGGGCUGCGUUGGUCCCAAGUCCAUCAUUGAGGUCCGCGAUGGUAAAUCCUUUUUGGACCUUUCUGUUCGCCAAAUUGAGCACCUUAAUCGCCAAUACGACGUUAACGUUCCCUUCAUCCUCAUGAACUCUUUCAAUACGGAUGACGAUACUCAAACCAUUAUUCAAAAGUACCAAUCCCACAAUGUCACGAUUAAGACUUUUAACCAGUCGCGCUUCCCCCGUGUCUAUAAGGACUCGCUGCUCCCAGUUCCUAAAAACUACAAUGACCGCAUUGACUGCUGGUACCCCCCUGGCCACGGUGACUUGUUUGAGUCAAUUACAAACUCGGGUGUUCUCGACGAGCUCAUUGCCGAGGGCAAGGAGAUUCUGUUUGUCUCUAAUGUCGACAAUCUUGGUGCUGUUGUGGACCUUAACAUUUUGGAACACAUGAUUAACACGGAAAGUGAGUACAUUAUGGAACUUACAGACAAGACCAAGGCCGACGUUAAGGGUGGUACCAUUAUCGACUAUGACGGUUCGGUCCGUCUGCUUGAAAUUGCCCAGGUCCCCAAGGAGCGCGUUGAGGAGUUUAAGUCCAUCAAGAAGUUUAAAUACUUCAACACUAACAAUCUUUGGAUCAACCUCAAGGCCAUUAAGCGCGUCGUUGAAGACAAUGAGCUCAGCAUGGAAAUCAUUCCCAAUAACAAGUCUAUUUCCCUUAAGCCCGGCUCUGAUAUUGAGGUUCUCCAGCUCGAAACUGCUGUCGGUGCUGCCAUUCGCCACUUUAACAAUGCCCAUGGUGUCAAUGUCCCUCGCCGCAGAUUCUUGCCUGUCAAGACCUCUUCAGACUUAUUGCUUGUCAAGUCAGAUCUUUACUCUAUGAAUCGUGGCCAGCUUGAGCUCAGUCCUCUGCGCUUUGGUGGUGCCCCACUUAUCAAGCUUGGUGGCCACUACAAGAAGGUUAGUGACUUUCAAAAGCGUAUUCCAUACAUUCCCAAGAUUGUUGAGCUUGACCACUUGACCAUUACUGGUAAUGUCACUCUGGGCAAGAAUGUCACUCUUAAGGGUACUGUUAUUAUUGUCUGUGAGGAGGGCAAGAAGAUUGAUAUUCCCAAUGGCUCGGAACUUGAGAAUGUCGUCAUUACCGGUAGCUUGUCUAUUUUGGAGCACUAA